AUAUAUGGCGCGAAUUUUGAAAAUAUUUAUUUAUGAACUAAGUAAUAUUUAACAGCUGUGUGUUUUGAAAAACAUAUUUGUUUCGUUCUUCUACAUAUGUUUGACGUUGCUCCCAAUCAUGUUUUUUCUAUUGGGAGGUGAUCCCGGGAAAUUCAACAUCUGGAAGGCGGGAUAAUUGCACUGAACGAAAUGCGUGGACUGCAAAUUUAAAAAUGUCGAAAAAUAAUACUCCUGAAUCUGAUUCAAAAUUAUCUCUAUUAGGAGAAUGUAACAAUAAUAAAAACUAUGCAGCUAUGUGUAAAAAUAAGUCAGUGACGUGUAUAUAUAGUAAUGAAUACAUGAGAUUGUGCGAUACGCUACCAAAUGUCAUUGGAAGGGCGAGUAUGGUCCACUCAUUAAUGGCGGCAUAUGGUUUGAUAGAAAACCUCAAGAUGGAAGCCCCAAAGAUGGCCACCACUGAACAGUUAGCGACCUUUCACUCUCCCGAUUACAUCACAAUGGUACAACAACUGAGUCUCAGAGAUGACGAUGAGAAAUACACAGAAGAAGCUGAACAAUAUGGAUUAACCUAUGAAUGUCCAGUUUCAAGGAAUACAUUUAACUAUGCUGCAUUGGUGGCAGGUGCUUCUAUACAAGCUGCCCAACAGCUAAUAGAUGGCACCUCUAGAAUAGGAAUCAAUUGGUAUGGUGGUUGGCAUCAUGCAAAAAGGGAUGAGGCAUCUGGGUUCUGUUACUUCAAUGAUGCUGUUCUGGCCAUCUUUAAGCUGCGUGAGAAAUAUGACAGAGUACUUUAUGUGGACCUCGACUUGCAUCAUGGGGAUGGUGUUGAGGAUGCGUUUUGUGCCACUUCUAAAGUGAUGACAGUAUCAUUCCAUAAGUUUUCUCCAGGAUUCUUUCCAGGAACUGGAGAUGUGACACAUGUAGGACUUGGAAAAGGCAAAUUCUAUUCUGUCAAUGUUCCACUUAGAGAAGGCAUCCAUGACAAACAGUUUAUAUCACUAGUAACACAGGUACUAUCAGAGGUCAAAUCAGCCUACAAACCCCAGGCAGUUGUAUGUCAAUGUGGGGCAGAUGGCCUAACAAGGGACCCAAUGUCGUCAUUCAACCUCACAUUAAAAUCCCUUGGAGAGAGCGUCAAGGGAAUCUUGGCUUGGGAUCUUCCCACUUUACUUCUAGGUGGAGGAGGUUACAAUAUAGCUGAUACUGCCAGAUGCUGGACUUACCUGACCUCCAUUGCUCUCCAGGAAGAUCUGCCAGAUGAUAUUCCUGAACAUAGGUACUUUACCAAAUACGGACCUGAGUUUGAGCUCCACCUAUCUGCAGGAUUUAGAACUAAUAAAAAUGAUGCUGGUUAUCUGCAAGAAAUAACAGAUGAAAUAAUGGAAAAUCUUGAGGAAAUUAGGUGACACAAGCAACAAACUGGACUCAGAAAUCAAUAAUUAUAUUAUGUACAUUGAAUAAGAAAUGUGUUUGCCAGUUUGAACAUUUUUCCAAAUAUAGUACCCAGGACAUUAUGCUGUAAACCACUUAAUGAGGAAUAUGUCUCAAUGUAUUUUAUGUUUAUAUUGAAUUCAAAUACUGCUGUACAUGUAUAUGAAAAUAAAUUCCUCAUACUGAAACAAAGGGCGGAUCAAAAUACUGAUUGUCUGUAAAUAUUCCAUCCAUUUCAUUGUUAACUGUAAAUUCAUAAUGCUGUACAGCAGAAGUACCCAUAAUGAUGGCUUCUUAUAAGAGAGCAUGUGUUAAGAUUGAAUUUAACUUGAUGAAAUGACUUGAGUUUAGAAAUGACAUUACAAUAUCAAUCCCUGGAUGCAGGCAUAAAAAUGUGUCACAGAUUUGAACAAUGCAGUUGUUAAACAAAAAUCAAUCAUUGAUGUUUAAUAACGAACAGUAAAGAAGCAAUCUGAUUGGUGGAGAUAACUCUGUAUUUAGCUAUGGUCAAAUUGUCCAAAAUGAUAGAAAUACAUUAUAAAUUAACAAUUAUAACAGUUCAAAUAUAUCACAGUUUAAAUGUAAAAAAAGUCCAACAACACUCUAUCAAGAGAGCAAGGAUUGUCCAGAACACUACAGAACAAAUAUAUAAUGAACAUUUAAGAGUUCCAAAAUGACUGCAUUAUGGACUGAGAGUCCAUAAUGCUGUAAAUACACCCAGUAACAGUGUAGCAUAAAGAGCAGGUUUAAACGAUGGCACAUCAUUGCUUGAUUGCUGGGCUGAGGCAGCUAACCUGUCUUUUGUUCUUGAGCUAGUUCUACGAUUUCUGCCAUAUUCUCCAUUAAUGGCAGCUCUGGAAGAAUCAAGUUUUAUUACACGUACAUGUACAAUAAGUUAUAUUGAAAUGUAUGAAUCCAAUUAUUGUAUUCACUUGUAAAUAUGUCAUGUAAAUAUGUCUUGUUGAAAAUAAAUGCAUGUUAUUUUUUCAAAACCAGUUAA